AUGGCCGGGCAAGACAGCCGGAAGAAGCUUGCGGAUUGGAGGACCAUGUACCAACGGGGACGUAGCAAGAUUAUGAAGGCAUCUAGGGAUCCCUCCGCCCGAGCUAAACUACUUGCGGAGAUUUCAUCCCUAAAGCUCGCCAUACUCCGAAUGCCAGAGCCGGAUCGAACUUCGGCCUUACUGUCUUGCCCGGCAUAUCUCCAAGGCGGCAAUACCGGCUCCGGCCCCACAUCAGACCCCGGCCCGUCCCAGAUACAGAAGAUACAGAUGGCACAGGUCUCAAUCAUCCCUCCCCGAUCACGUUAUUCCUUUCUUACCACUCUACCUCCUGAGAUUCGUAACAUGAUAUACGGUUAUGCGAUAGGAUAUCCCUCAUCUCGAAAAUUAUACGACUACUAUUACGAAGAGAAAGAGAAAGCCAGGGCCAAGAUAGAACUGCGACCUCGUUCCGCUAACACCAAAGUCUUGCGUCAUCCUAACGUUUCCCUCCGGACACCCACCGUUCUACUCCUCUGCAAACAGAUAACACGGGAAGCACUUAGUUUCCUUCACCUUCAGACCUUAGUCAUCGACCGCAUUCCACCAUGGGUCAUGGGUCAUGAGGCGCCCCUCUCCUUGCUUGAUUUCAUCAGCAAGCGAACCAUGCAAAAUGUCCGUUUCGCCCAGAUAAAAAUUCCCCUUGGCGAGAACGACGUAUAUAGAAGCGGGAAGGUUUGGCAAAGGAUGUUGGACGAUGUGUUGAAUGCAUGGUCGGAACGGAACUCUCUGGUUCGGCUGCAGAUCAUGUUCAAAAUAUCCAAUGUGACGAAACCUAACCUAUGGCUCCACGAGCUAGAUGAUUACGAGGAAAUUGUAAAGAAGUUUAGUUACUUCGAAUUCAAGCAUGGUCUGAAACCAGGUCUGAUCCGUUGGGAACAUUGGGUCCUGGAUUUUGAAUAUGCCUAUAGAGUCGGCUUUCGAAAUCCCUUGGUUCGAGUGCAUCCCGAUCCAUACAUAUGGCAGGGUAGUGUCUUCGAGUGGCUUUAG